CAGUCCCAGUAGUUUGUUGGUAGCCGCCUACAAAGUUACUCAGCUCAGCCUGGUUGCGACAGCUGAGCAGGGAAGCGGCGCGACUACAGCCUACGCAACCCAACUGAGAUAUUCAUCAGCUCCAAAUCAAAGUCCGAUAAUCGUUAUCUCUUACGUAUUGAUGUUAUUUACGUACGCGUUAUCUAAAAGCCGCUCUUCCUGCUCCCAAGUUGCUCGCUAGUAGCGGACGUUAGCUUGUCUCGUGCGGCUGCUACCUUGUAUUUCUGUGCAGGUACGGUUACACAACCGCCUCGAACAUGUCAGACCCAGCUGGUGAGACGAAGCUGGAGGUGAAACAAGCGAGCAAAGAGGUGAAAGAGAGCGAAAACGUGGCGGAAAAAUACUCAGCCAUGACCGUAAGCAAAAACAGUGAGAUGAACAUUGGAGAGCUGUCGCCUGUGUUCAGCGCCGUGCCCACUCACAAACCGGUGAAAAAGCAAAUCCAGUUUGUGGAGGAAAAGCAGGAGUUCAGCCGGUUCCCCACCAAGACAGGCCGUCGGUCUCUGUCCCGCUCCAUCUCCCAGUCCUCCACUGACAGCUAUAGCUCCGCGGCGUCCUAUACAGAUAGCUCUGAUGAUGAGACCUCGCCGCGGGAUAAGUCCCAGCUCAACUCCAAGGGCAGCAGUGACUUCUGCGUCAAAAACAUCAAACAGGCUGAGUUUGGCAGGAGAGAGAUCGAGAUAGCAGAACAAGAUAUGUCAGCGCUGGUCUCGCUCAGGAAGAGAGCACACAGUGAGAAACCUUUGGCUGGUGCCAAAAUUGUGGGCUGCACUCACAUAACCGCUCAGACUGCUGUGUUAAUAGAGACUCUGGUGGCUCUUGGCGCUCAGUGUCGUUGGACGGCAUGUAACAUCUAUUCAACGCAGAAUGAAGUUGCUGCUGCCCUGGCAGAGAGAGGUGUGUCCGUGUUUGCCUGGAAGGGAGAGUCUGAGGAUGACUUCUGGUGGUGUAUUGACCGUUGUGUCACCACAGAGGGUUGGCAGCCCAACAUGAUCCUUGAUGAUGGAGGGGACUUGACACACUGGGUGUAUAAGAAAUACUCGAGUGUUUUCAAGAAGAUCAGGGGGAUCGUAGAGGAGAGUGUUACAGGGGUUCACAGGUUGUAUCAGCUCUCCAAAGCUGGAAAGCUGUGUGUUCCAGCUAUGAAUGUAAACGACUCUGUGACAAAGCAGAAGUUUGACAACCUUUACUGCUGCCGGGAAUCCAUUCUAGAUGGCCUGAAGCGAACCACAGAUGUGAUGUUUGGAGGCAAACAGGUGGUGGUGUGUGGGUAUGGUGAGGUUGGUAAAGGUUGUUCUGCUGCUCUGAAAGCUUUGGGAGCUAUAGUCUAUGUUACAGAGAUUGAUCCCAUCUGUGGCCUGCAGGCCUGCAUGGAUGGAUUUAAGGUAGUCAAGCUGAAUGAAGUCAUUCGCCACGUUGACGUCGUCAUCACAUGCACCGGGAAUAAAAACGUGGUGAACAGGGACCAGCUGGAUCGAAUGAAAAACGGUUCAAUGGUGUGCAACAUGGGGCACUCCAACACUGAGAUUGAUGUGGCGAGUCUUCGGACACCCGAGCUGACGUGGGAAAGAGUCCGCCCUCAGGUGGAUCACGUCAUCUGGCCCGAUGGCAAGAGAGUUAUCCUGCUGGCGGAGGGACGUCUGCUGAACCUCAGCUGCUCCACCGUUCCUACCUUUGUUCUGUCCAUCACAGCUACCACUCAGGCCCUGGCCCUGAUAGAGUUGUACAACGCUCCUGAGGGACGUUACAAACAAGAUGUUUACUUGCUGCCCAAAAAGAUGGAUGAAUACGUUGCCAGUUUGCAUUUGGCCACCUUCGACGCCCACCUGACAGAGCUGACGGAUGAGCAGGCUAAGUAUUUGGGUCUGAAUAAGAACGGCCCCUUCAAACCCAACUAUUACCGGUAUUAGUCUGCAGAAACACUCCUGACCACCUAAAGCGGACCCAAACGUUCCAGAUGAUGGAUUAAAACCCAUAUAUAUUGUAUUUUAUACCCUGAUGAGAUCACAACUCGUAACUAGAUGUAUUUUAUCAGCUAUAGCUGGAUUUCUUUUACUUGCUGCUUCCUAAUGAUGCACGCUGCACUUCUCUGGCUGUAAAAUGUUAAUGUGACUUCAGCGCUCAGUUGUCUGAUGAAGGUUAUGUUGCACAUGUUUCCAAACCUGCUGGCUUUGUCUGAUAGCUGCUGAGUGCUUUAUGAGUUCAUUGUGCCAAAUGACUGUUGGGGAAGAGGGGCAGGGUUAAUGUUUUAACUUGUAUAAAAGCAGAUGUUUUAACCACAUCAUUCCUCUGGUUAGUGAGCUCUUUACACAUUUAGCUGACCCUUCUGGUGUGCACAGAACUGUUUUAAAGCCAUCUCUGGAUGUGAGCUGAUGUAAAACUCCUGUCUGAUGGAAAAAUGUUUGGACCAAAUCUGACAUUAGCCACUUAUUUUUAUAUUGGAUGUACACAUUUAAAGACAUUUAGCUUUAAAUUGAUGAUUGUAGUUACAGAUGAGCCACGAUGACUUAAAAACCAAGAGAUGCAAUUUAAGUAUAUAUAUUUUAUCAACUAGUGGCCAAAAUAAUUCAGGUAUCUCCUACUAUAAAAAUCAGUUAUUUACAUGAUGCAUUCCACCUGUCAAGGAGAAGAAAUAUCCUGAUAUGAAUAAUCAUUAAUACUGCUAACCUCGGCUAAAAUCAACUGUUCAUUGACAAUUAAUACUUAGAAUAAAUAACAUCUUUAUCAUCUAGAGGCACUCAAAAAUCGAAAAUGUCCUGUAAAUAUGUUAUUUUACCAGACCCACCUCUUCUGGCCUUGGUAUGGUCUCUAACAUGCAUUUAAAAAAAUAAAAUUAACCUUUUACAGUGGUAAAAGGUUCAAGUGUUCGGAUUACUAUUACAUUUAAAUUACAUCAUUUGAAAUGUUACAUCUUUGUCUGUUUCAGGUACCAAAAGUAUUACGAUUUAAAUGAGAAAUGGAAAAAUUCUAAAAUGAGCUGAUUUCCAGCAACAAUACAUGUUAGUUAGCAUUACCUUCUGUGUCAUAUUGUGGUUUUAUAUUCUAAUGUUUUAUUAUCAAAGGGUUAAGAACUGUUUUGUGAGGCUUGCACAAAUUCUUUGUAAUGAUUGGCUUAACAGCAGCAGGCACGUUUGAUGAACCUGUAAAGUGUUUGUUUAAAUCACAUAUUUAAAUUUAUGCCUCACACAUUUCAGCAUGCCGUUUCCCCAAAGCCCUGACAGGAAAUAGUGUUAUUUUUCCUACCACGAGUUUUUUUUUUUUUUUUUACAGUUUGCAUCAUAAAUUGUAAUCUGCACACGCAGGUAAUUCCUGGAUUUGAUUUGUGCAGAAUAAAAACAAACAUCCUAUUCAGUCUCUCUUGCCUUGAGUUGUGUAGUCGCCAUCAGUCCUUGCAUCUUUGCACUGACAGCUUACGUGCAUUAAAGUCAGGGACACUCCGUGAGGACAUCAUUGUCAGGUUGACAGUGCCUUGUAACUCAGAAAUUUGGUUUCAUGAGAAAAGUUGUUUUCCUCCCAAGUCUGUUAAUGGUUGUUAAUCACAAAACACACACUGACAGCUAAGCAGCGCCACAUGCACGUGUUUUCUUCUCUUGUGUUUCCACAGCUGUUGGUUUGUUAAAUUAGUCUGACAUGACCUAAAUGUUUUGAUGGUUACUGAAAAAGGUUGCAGAAACCAACUAGUAUUCUGUAUUUUUACGUUCAGCUGUUUAAAACGUUCCUGUUGACAAACUUUGACCAAAUAAACUGUGUAAAGGA